CUUUUCUCAAUCAUGUCCAACCCAAAUUCAAAGACACCAGUCAAUCUCCCGCCUCUUGUCUUCCCGCCCCUGCAAAACCACAGAACAACACUGAUAAUCCUCCAUGGCCGCGGCUCCACGGCCCAGAAGUUCGCUGAGCCAUUACUCAAGCAUGCAGUCUCUCCUUCGGGCACGGGAACAACCUCAUCUACGGAAUCACCCGCAGAGUUGCUUAAAUCCUUCCAAGACUACUUCCCGGAUACCAAAUUUGUCUUUCCUACUGCACCCCUGCGACGAGCCGUAGUGUUCAAGCGAAGCCUGACACAUCAGUGGUUCGACAACUGGUCCUUAACGCAGCCGGAACUCAAGCAACACUUGCAGGUUCAAGGCCUACGCGAAACGACCGUUUUCUUACACGAGUUGUUGAGGGAGGAAAUUGCAGUUGUGGGGGCGGGGAAUGUCGUUCUCAUGGGACUUAGUCAGGGAUGCGCAGCUAGCAUCGUUGCGACACUCUUAUGGAAGGGCGAGGCAUUUGGUGCCGUAGUGGGUAUGUGUGGCUAUCUGCCGUUUCGCAAGGGAAUGUGUGAAUUUGCAGAGGAGGCGGGAAAAGAAGACAAUGAGUCAUUGGUGGGGUCUGGAGCAGGCGGACAAGAUAUAUUUGAGCGGGACGGCGAAGACUCUGAAGAUGGGACUAAGUUUGAGAAGGCUGUCGAAUGGCUGCGCGAGGAGCUACAGAUGUGUGACGAGGGAAUCACGAAUGGUAAAUCGCCCUCUACGAUGCAGUCGAUACCGCUUUUCAUGGGCCAUGGAUUAGAAGACGACAAAGUUCCAAGUGGAAUUGGUAGACUGGCCGCCGAGUUUCUGAGCAGUAUAGACGUGGAUGUUACUUGGAAAGAGUACGAAGGGCUGGGGCACUGGUAUUCUGAGCAUAUGCUGCGAGACGUCGUUCGGUUUCUGAAGAAUCUGAAUGGAUGGACGGAUGCUUCUUGAUCGGCUGAUCCAGUGCCAUUCUAUAGCCUACAAGUUGAAAAUGAAACCUAUUGUGGACUCGUGUGUUCAUG